AUGCUUCGUCGAGGCUCUAAGGCCUCUGAAAGGCGAAGACACUUGAGCGACCGCCUCAGCUGUCAACAAGACCAGGCGCUGAGCAGCAGCAUCUACCUCCUAAGAGAGAUAGGUCCUACCGGGCUGAGGGAGGAGGAGCCGGAAAACAAGGAUUUCCGAGUUUUUCUAGGAAAUCCUCAUGUUUGUAACUGUUCCACAUUUCAGAAAGGAGGGGAACUUUGUAAGCAUAUAUGCUGGAUCUUGUUGAAAAAAUUCAAGCUUCCAAGGAAUCAUGAAUCUGCUUUGCAGUUAGGUCUCAUGGAAGGAGAAAUCAGUGACUUGCUUCGGGGGAUAUAUCAAGUUCAAACUCCUCAAAAAGGAACAGAUGAUGACAAUGUACAUAUUGAAGAAGACGGGUACAUUAAACAGAAGGAAAUUGAUUCAGAUGAUAUCUGCCCUAUUUGUCAAGAAGCACUUUUAGAGAAAAAGCUUCCUGUCACCUUUUGCAGAUUUGGCUGUGGCAAUAGUAUUCAUAUAAAAUGCAUGAAGAUCUUAGCUAAUUAUCAGGAUACAAUAUCAAAUACUUCCAUGUUGAAAUGUCCUCUGUGUAGGAAAGAAUUUGCACCGUUAAAACUUAUUUUAGAGGAAUUCAAGAACUCUAGCAAACUUGUGACUUUAGCUGAGAAAGAGAGACUGGACAAACACCUUGGAAUUCCCUGCAAUAACUGUAAACAAUUUCCAAUUGAGGGGAAGUGUUAUAAGUGCACCCAAUGUAUAGAAUUUCACUUAUGCCAGGAAUGUUUUGAUACCUGCUGCCAUCAUUGUCACCCAUUUACUUUUCGUGAGAAGAGAAAUCAAAGAUGGAAAUCACUAGAAAAAAGACCAGAUGAAACUGUAAAAUGCAUAGAUAUUCAAAAUGAGAUAGAAGAAAAGAUGCCACAUUUUCAAGAAAAGCAAGGCCAGGUUCACACACCAAAACCCGUGGUAAAGUCACUGCCUCUCUUACUGAUCACAAAGAAUAGUAAGCUGCUUGCUCCAGGCUACCAGUGUCGCCUUUGUUUGAAGGAAUUUUGCCUUGGUCAAUACACAAGAUUGCUACCAUGUUCUCACAAGUUUCAUAGGAAAUGUAUUGACAGUUGGUUAUUCCACAAGUGCAAUUCAUGCCCUGUUGAUGGACAAGUUAUAUAUAACCCAUUAAUCUGGAAAGAUACAGCAGUGAAUGGACAUAUACAUCACUCUGUUUCAAACACAGACAUCAUUCAUCUGUCAAAACAGGAAGAACCAGGACUUUUUAUUCCUGGUACUGGAUUAAUCUUAAAACAAAAUAGACCUGGAAUGUUACCCAGCAUACCUCAUCAUAAUUCUGAUAAGUCGAAUACACCACAAAGUUCAACAGAUACUUAUCAAAAUAAAACAACAGAUGAUCUAUACUCUAUCAAAUUAGAUGAUUCAAAUUCAAGAAAACUAAUCUAUGAAUAUAAAAUUAGCCAACAUUUCCCCAGGUAUCUUCAAGAUUUACCCACUGGAUCCUUUGGAAAAAUAUCAUCUCAAACAUUUCUUCCUUCUAUUGCUCACAAGAAUAUUAUAUGUCCCACUGGGAUGGAAAGCCCAUGUAUCAAUGAAAAUUACCACACUGAUCAAAGCCAGAAGAUGACCAAAGGCUGUAAACCUAUUAACCACAAUCAAAAGAAGAUUCUUGGUACUAAAAUAAGAGAGGAAAACAGUAGAUCAAAUACUUUACUUCCAGAAGACUUAAAUCUUAUUGUGAAUUGGGGUACAACUAAACUUAGUUUGUCUAAAAGGUAUAAUAAUUGUAUGGGAAAAAUUAGGCAAAAAUAUAGUCAUCUAUCAAGAAGGCCUAUAUCUUACCCUUUAAAUACAAAAACUGAGCUAUCUUUAAUAUUGAAAGGAGUUCAGUUAUGA